AGCCCGGCUCGUCGCGGCGCGCCCGUCAGUCGGCGGCGGCGAGUCACGCGCGUCGUCUCGUACAGCUCUCUCCGCUCGCUGCAGCUCGCAGCCCACCUGCCACCGCUCAGGCUUGCCGGCUCUCACGCUCUCGAGCGCGGAGGUCGCGCCGACCUCGCGCCUCACUGUUUCGGUCCUCCGCGGUUUCACUUCGCGCCGGCGUCGGCGGUCGUGUUGUUGUCGUCCACUCCACUGCAGCGGUAGCCGCGCUACUUUAGAAACGUCUGUGCUGGUGCGUGCCGUGACUCCGGCUGGCCACAGGCCGCCGCGUGCUGUGACAGUGAAAUCGUGAGUCUCGCAGUAUCGUGCGGAUGUGCAGUGAUGGAUGAGUAGACAGAGGCCAGUGUGCGCGCGGACCACCAACUCUACUGUAUUUUUGGCUGAGUGCGAUCGUGGGUCGUCAAAAUUGAGCCCAAACUGUAUCUAGAUUACAACGCCGCCCCGCUGUUCGCCUCCGAAAACGCCUCCAGUGAAGUGUGGAGUGCGGGCGGCGGGGCCGGCGGGGGCACAGCAUGCGGUAGCAGCGGCAUGGACCUGAAGCACGAGGUGGCGUACCGCGGCGUGCUGCCUGUGAAGGCGGAGCCCGGCGUCAGCCACAACGGGCACCAGGCCAACGGGCACGUGCGCGACUGGAUGGCGGGCGGCGCGGGCGCAGGGUCGCCGUCGCCGGGCCCGCCGGCGCAGCCGCAGCCUAAUGGGUACUCCUCGCCGCUGUCCUCCGGCAGCUACGGACCUUACAGUCCCAAUGGAAAAAUAGGUAAGAAAUAUACAAAACAGAUGUCUAUGGCAUAAAAGACAGACAUAACAGCAUUUUAGAAGAAGGUAGCACAAACGUUCGUAAGUAAUAAUUAAAUUAAUAUUUUGUUGUUUUCAUUUUUCUCUUGAAAGCCACAACAAAGGCUUGAUGGCUUACAGCCAACUUUCGGCUAUAUUAAUCAUUCCCCGGUACGUAAAACCCGCCAUUUAUAAAUCCGUACAUAUCAACUUAUGAUAGCCAAACAUAAAAGAAAACAAAAGUUUUAUAUUGAUAUAAAAUUUUAUAAGUAUGUAUACAUACAUAUGUAUUUCGAUGAACAAUUUAAGACUUGGAUGAGCCAACAAGAUCAAGACCAGAAAAAUAUAUUAGCCAUUAGCGAUCCGUGUAUAAGAUAAAGAACUAUAAAAGCGUUUGAUUUUAAGAGAUUUAAAAAUAUACUCCAAUAAGAUGUAAAAGGCGUGUCGAACUUUGAAGAAACAGAGUUAGAUAGGCAGGUAAACGUUACCGAAAACGAAGACCAAUCUGACGUCAGUGCGCAGUGACAAGCAAUAAUCUGAUGUAACCUUGACGCCAGUACUUCGAUCGAUCAAUUUCAUCUCUAAUUUACAUUUAAUGGAAAACGUAAGAGCAAAAAAACUGCAACACUUGAGCAAGUACUUACCGGAAUACAGAUACAAGGCUAUGUCUAAUCGUCGUUCGAGUACAUUUCCAAGACUAAGCUAUUUUUUGCCAAGAAGCAUAAUAAUACCUCUUUGAUUCUCAAUAGAUAACUUUCGCAUCUUAUUAUUUGAAAAAGGGAAAAACAAAAUUUAAAAUAAAAAACCGUAUGAAUUUUCAAUUUGAUUCGUAUUGUCGGGAACGAGCUUCCAGACUUAACUUUAACAAUGAGACCAUUAAUCAUAGUGAAAAUGAACAGAUAUUAAAGUAAAAUGACUGUUGUGUGUAUUGUCCCUUCAGUUCGAAAGGUCAAGUAAACUUAUAGCGGAGCUCGCGGCUUCCCAUAUACUCCUUAGUAUUAGCCAAACAAGUUUUAACUAUCGUAAAAGUGUACAACUAGCUAGACAAUACGACUAACGUUGCAAGCACCACACUAACCUCCAACUUGGGUCUUAGAAACUGAGGAAAACAAAUGAAAUAGCAUUUAAAGCCCGAGAUUAAACUACGGCAACUGCUAUACUGGUUGCAGUUUCACCUAGUUGCAAUUACCUUAAGAAUUGUGAAUUAGAAGUUUUGGUUAUUACAAUACCUAACGUUUCUUUUAUUACAGAUUUGAAAGGCUAGCUUACCGUAUUUUCGUCUUCUAAAGAUUUUGUCAAAUAAAUUCACUCCAUGUUACAAGCAAACUCCUCAAAAUGUACAAUAGGCUCAAAAAUUUGAACAUUUUGUUUCUAAAAGUUGUUUCAACUUUCCUCUAUGAAAAGGCUGCAUUUUCAAUUUAAAGCAAUUUGUAUCAGCGAAUUAAUUACACGAUUCACAAUAAAUUUUUAACAGGUUGUGCCAUUUAUGAUGUGGCUGUAAUGUGAGCAUGAGCAUGACUGUAAUAAUUCGGCAAAGAGGACGAGUGAGAGAGGGGAGUGUAGGAGCCAAUCGAGCGCUUUACGCACGACUGGACCUCACGACUCCACUGUACAAACACUUUGCACGGUACAGACAACGAAAAAAGACUUCGUCCGAGAUUUUUGUUUGUUUUCCAAAUGAGCCACUGGCCACCUCGUGUCCGUACCUUCAGUAAGCGAAUGUUUUCUUCCUUUUGGUAGACGAUCCCUCGGAGAUGCAACGUAAAGUCCGGAUCUCGUUUUGUCUUACUUCUCGUUUUAAUUACAAUUUCAAGUAGCGUUCCUUUUAUCUUUUUGAGAUUCUUCAUCGCAAAUUAACUAAAUUUCUGGGUUUUUUUUUUGUUUUGUUUUUUGAUAACAAAACGAUUGAUUUUUUUGUGGAAUAAAAUGUACAAAUCACUGCUGUUUGUGAGCACACAAAAACAUGACGAAUUGUAUCAAAUCGGGUAGCCACGAAAGCUCUUGUCAUUUAUUAGUCGACAGUAAAUGCUUAUUGCUUACUAUCAAAAAUAAAACGAUCAAAUUGUCGAUGGAAACCAUAAUAGUACCACGUAAUUGUGUAUUUAUUCAAGAUUUCAUUACUCUAUUAAAUAAUUUUGAUCAGCU